AUGUCACUUCUCACUCAUCAGGCCCUUGGGAACACACUUUUCAACACGAUUAAAGUAACCUACCGAGCUGCUGUCACAAGAAAAUUUGGUAACCAUCCCUUAAGGUGUCUUCAAAUGACAUCACAUCAAGUUCAGCUGACUCCAUCAUUUAUUAAUACUGGCAAUAGCAUUACUAGUGGGAAUACGAAUGAUCUCAUAAAAAAUGAAGAUUCUCAGCCCCUAAUAAAUAGCGAGACUUCAUUAGAAUGUGAUGCUGAUAUGGGUAGUGAAGAAGGUUCCGAAGCCCCAUUUCCAACCCAUUACAUUGACACUUUGGAAGUCUAUAAAGAACUCGUACUGGCAGGAUUUACAGAUCUUCAGUCCAGAAGGAUUAUCCAAAUCACCGAACAGAACUUGGUUAGUAAUCUCGAUUGUAUGAUUCAAAAGUGUGCCCCUAAGAAGGAUUUGGAGAAUGAGAAUUAUUUAUUUGAGGCUGCGUCAUCAGAAUUACUGGUCGAAAUCAAGAGAUCGCGAGAACAGCACUUGAAUAAGCUACGUGGUGGCAUUAAUAUUUUGGACCGUGAAUUGAAUUCUGUGACCGAUGAAUUGAACGAUUUAAUGAUAUCAUGUAAAAAUGAGUGUGAGGUUGCGAUAAACGAUCAUAAAUCCGACAAUGGUCUUGCUCAAAAACAAUUGAAUAUCAAAAUUCGUGAAGUUGAAAACAAGAUUAAUUCAAGAUUGAUCUCCGAGCUAAAAUUCAGUGUGGAGAAUUUAAGAUGGUCAUUAACCAGAAGAGGUAUAUUUUGUAUUUUGUCUGUGGCUGCCAGUGUGUUAUUGGCUGUCACUGGCUCCAAAUUUCUAAACCAAGUGGAACAGGAAGAGGUUAUUGAAGUGACCAAUACGUCCAGUAGAGAUGAUUUUGUAAAGGACAAUGAUGAGUUUCCCAAGGAAAACUAUGAGUGCCUGACUUGA